CGCAGAGAAGGCAGUUGGUUGAAGAUGCAGCACUCUGGAGGCUUUCGUACUCCUGUGCGUGGAACGCCUGCUCGUGGUCCACGUGGCACCCCCUCGGUGUACUACACCCCUCCGGCCCGAUUUGCGUCUUCGCCCUUUGCCUCCCGCGCCGACCGGACGCCCUCUACGCCCCUCCGCGUCCUUGGCGACGCAACCAAUGCCCGCGCCACUCCGCGUGCAGGUGAGAAUGCCAAGCCGGUGCCACCUCCUGCCAAGGAUCCGCGUUCUGUUCAGCCCGAGAACGACAUGGUCCUGCUGCUCGAUGCCGCACUCGCCCGUGAGCGGGCGCUCGAGGCCGAGCUGGCGGCGGCGCGCGCCGAUGCUGCCGCUGCACAGGCCAAGGUAGCUGAGGAGUACGAGACUCAGCUGGAAGCAGCACGCGUCGAUGCUGCCGCUGUGAAGGCCAGGGCGGCCGAGGAGUACGAUGCGCUGUACAACGAGUACGUGGACAUGCUCGCUGAGCGCGAAAAGGGCGAGCGGGCCGAGGUCCGCAACCGCGCUCUCCAGAUGCAGAACUGGGUCUCCAACUACGAGACCGACAUCACGUCAUCGGCGCUUCAGGUAGUGAGCCUGCAAAACGAGCUCGGCGAGCUCGAGUCAGAGAUCUUCACCGCCCGCCUCCGCGAGCUCGACAUCCACCAGCUCCGCAAUUUGGUGACCAAGGCUUGGGCCGACCUCGCCACGCUCAACGCCGCCCACACCAAGCUCAAGGCCGAAACCUCGGCCUCGCUUGACUCAGUCUCGGCCUCGCUGCAGGCCUUUGCCACCGCGGCCGUCACCUCGGCCGCCGAUUCGGGCCUCUUUGCCGAGCCACGCCCAAUCACAACGUCGGCUGAGACACAGACGGUCGCGCCGCCUGCGACCGCAACCACUGCGGUCCAGGUGAGUCCGGAUCCGCCGGCGCCGCAAAGCCUGACCAUGUCGGGCCCGCUUGCAGUCGAGAGCGUCAAGGCGAAGGCGCUGCCGGUGUCGCGGAUCCCGCGGCCGGGCGGGUGCAACUGCAAAGGCAAGCUGAGGAAGGCUCUGGCCCAGCUCGAGCUUGUCAACACCAAGUACCAGGCUGAGUUUGCGCGCCGGCGCAAAAUCCACGAUGAGCUCGUCGAGCUGCGUGGCAACAUGCGGGUCUUUGCCCGUGUCCGGCCGGUCCUGCCCGCCGAGGCGGCGUCUGGCGGCACCUCGAUUGUGGAGGUACCCGACGAGGAGACGCUGGUCAUUGCCCCGCUUGCGUCGAACAAGCGGCCCCGGACCUUUGAGUUUGACAACGUGUUUGGGCCACAGGCGUCGCAGGACGAGGUCUUUGACUACGUCGACCCGCUCGUCACCUCGCUGCUGGACGGCAAGAAUGUCUCCAUCCUGGCCUACGGCCAGACCGGCUCCGGCAAGACGUACACCAUGCAGGGACCGCCUGACGCACCGGGCAUGAUCCCACGCUCACUGGGCAAGCUCUUUGACCUCAUCAACGCCGACGAUGCCGAUGCCGACGUCUCGUACGCGCUUCAGGCCUCGGUCAUCGAGAUCUACAACGGCGAGUUCCGCGAUCUCCUAGUCGAGGACGCUGUGACGGCGGCGGCCGGCUACGGCGCAGCCCGCCCUUCUGCAGCGUUUGCUUCACCGGCGCGCGCGUGCUCACCGGCGCGCGCGCCGGGCACGCCGGACGUGACGGCUUCGCCGCGCAUUGACCUCAUGACUCGCACGCCGUCGACACCGUCGACGCCGCGUACGCCGCGGAGGCGCAGUGCUAGAAGUGCACCGGCUCCCACUGAAGCCGAUGGCAUGACACGGACCACGUCAGUGACGGUCGAGUUCAAGGGCGUGUCGGCCGAGCCUGUGGCGUCGAUGGCUGAUGUUGAGGGCCUGCUUGUCCGGGCCGAGGCCGCGCGGGCCAAGGCGUCGACGUCGAUGAACGAGCGGUCGUCGCGCUCGCACCUCCUUGUGCAGCUGAUGGUGGAGAAGACCAACAUGCGGACGAAGACAAUUCACACCUCCAAGAUGGUGCUCGUCGAUCUGGCCGGCUCCGAGUGCGUGGGUGCGUCCGGCGUCAAGGGCAUCAACCUGCGUGAGGCCAAGCACAUCAAUCGCUCGCUUUCGGCCCUCGCUGACGUCCUGGCCGCAAUCCGGGCCGGAGCACCGCACAUCCCGUUCCGCAACUCCAAGCUGACCCAGGCGCUCUCGGACUCGCUUGCAGGUAACGCCAAGGUCCUGCUCUUUGUCAACAUUGCGCCGCUCGAGCAGUUCCUCGUGGAGGCCUCCCACUCGGCGGCGUUUGGCUCGUCGGCGCGGCGCAUCAUUGUGCAGCAGGCAACGAGCGGCACGGCAGCGAGCUCGCCGGCGCCGGCGAGCUCGAGCAAGGAGCCGGCAACCGCCCCAGCCUCACCGAGCAGGCUCGCCGGCUCUCCGGCGGGGGGUGACGAGGCGCGGGCCUCGCCGCUCCGGCGGAAGGUGCUGACCAAGCGCCGCAAGCCGACGACGCCGCCGGACUUUGUGUUCUAG